CCUCAACCUUCCAUUAUUCCCCGAUUUCCUCACAUUUCCUCCCCUUUUCCUUUAAUCCUUCACCAACGCCGCCAUGUCUGCAGGAACUCCCGCUCUGCUUGAGAACGCUGACCAACCAGAGUCCCGUUCGCCGUCGCCAGCUGGCAGUGAAGUUCUCACCCUUCGUUCGCUAGUUUCCACCAAGGAUGCAGGUGUCAUCAUUGGCAAGGCCGGUAAAAACGUCGCAGAGCUGCGCGAGGCGACGGCCGUAAAGGCAGGGGUUAGUAAGGUCAUCCCAGGUGUGCAUGAACGGGUGCUCACUGUGACCGGCUCCGUUGAGGGUGUGGCAAAGGCGUAUGCCAUGAUUGUCAACCAGCUAUCUUCCACGAGCGCCACGUCCCCCGUGUCGCCCACCCCAUCCUCUUCACAGUCGUCGAUCCGCCUCCUUAUCUCGCACAACCUCAUGGGUAGUGUCAUUGGUCGUAGCGGCCUUAAGAUCAAGGCUAUACAGGAUAGUUCCGGUGCACGCAUGUUUGCGCAGAAAGAAAUGCUCCCUCAGUCGACCGAACGCAUAGUCGAGGUCCAUGGCUCCGCGGAAUCUAUCGGCCGAGCCAUCGAGGACAUCGGUCGUGCGCUCCUGGAGGACUGGGACCGUGCCACUGGGACUGUCUACUUCCACCCCGGAGCUGCCGAUGAACGUUCAGGACGCCGGCCAGGCCAGCAGAGCCGGCGUUCAAAUGGUGAUGCGCCUCGCGAUCGCGGUUCACCAUCUCCUAGUUCGCCCUCUGCCCAGCCGAGCAACUUACGUACUCAGAACAUCUCCAUUCCGUCAGACAUGGUCGGAUGCAUCAUCGGCCGUAAUGGCACGAAGAUUACCGAAAUCCGUCGCCUCUCGGGUUCCAAAAUCUCGAUCGCCAAGGAGCCUCAUGAUGAGACGGGAGAGCGCAUGUUCACCAUCGUCGGUACUCCCGAAGCAAACGAGAAGGCGCUAUUCCUGUUGUACAAUCAGCUUGAAAGCGAGAAGGAACGACGUGUCGGCCGCGAGCAGAUGCAGCAAGAUGAGCUGCAAGACUAGGCUCUUCGCUUCAGGAUGUCUAUCCAGGCCCUAAGAGGUAGCACGGACGACAGGCGACGAAGAGCUCGCCUCCCCGCAGUCCGCGAAGUCGACACUUCUGCUCACAAGACCCCUUCAAGCCGUUCGAUGCCCCUCCGCACCCAUACUUCCACGUAUCCUCGUCCUCUUCUGACCGCUACUCCCUACCUGCAAGAUAAAAGCGCAAACCGAUCUCUCUCUUCUAAGUCAAUCCCCUUUCUUGGCCCACUCCUGUCCCUUCUCCGCCAUUCGUUCCCCAACUCCUCGACUUUACCCGACAUACGAUGACGCUGUUGUCUCUGCCUGUCAAGGUGCCUCUAACUUAUCCUAGUGCCGACUAGACUGUCAUGGACGCUUAUAAAAAGUAACGUCUAGCCUAAUUGCAGUUCAUUGCUUCGUAUCUACAUGUAACAGCAGUACAGCGCAAAUCGAGUUGCUUUCGUUGAG